AUGGCAGGAUUCUAUGAGAAAAUGAGAGAGGCGUGGAAUAGGAUUAAGGACACGCUGAGGCCUGGAAGGAGGGUGGAGUCUGAGUCGUAUGAAAAGCUGUGCUCCAGGUUUGAGAGUUCGAAGCCGAUAUCGAUAUGCGAGCUUGAUGAUAUCAAGGAGCUGUGUAAGGCGAUAGCAGAGCCUCAGUGCGGAAAGAAGAUAGACGAUGGAUUUGAGAUGUUGAAGAAGAUGAGUAUGGAGAAAGCCGAGAGGGGCAUUGGGGCGAAAUGGAAGAGGAGUGAGGAUGCAGGGGAUUUGAAGGGUGAAAGGAAGGCGAAGAAGCACAGGAGAAGGGGCUACCAGAAGAAGUAUGCGCUAAAGAAAGAGAACGAUGUAAGCUGGGGGAUACUUCCGAAGAAGUACAGAGUGGAGGGAAAGACGCCAACCGAGACGAUUGAGAAGGCGAUUUGCUAUGACUCUGAAGACAAUCUUUUUCUCCAUCUGGGAGAUGUGUCUACUGACGAGGAGGAAGAGUAUUUCUGUGAAAGGAAUGUGAAGAAGCUGAAUUCUGAGGAGGUGAAAGGGAGUGUACGGUGCAACUUUGGGGGAGACUACAACUGUAAAAGAUGUGUAGAGUAUGAGAUAAGGAAAGAGUAUGAGCUGAAGGAGAAGGAAAGGAGAAGAGAGGAGAGGGAAAGGGCUGAGAAAAGAAAGAAGAUAGCCAAGGACCGAUGGGAGUCUAAGGUUCCGAGGUCCUAUUUCUAUCUUGAGAAGGAUCUUGGUGUUGACAGAACGAUGGCAAGAUAUGUUACAGACGACAAGUUUGACAUGGAUGAUCUUGAGGAGGAAGAGAAGGAGAAGCUUGUGGGUAUUCUUAGCCAAGCAAGGAGGGAGCGGCUAUUUGAUAUAGAGACGAUUGAGGGCAGGAGUGUCGGCCUUGAUGGGAAUGAAGAUAAAGUGUCUGAGAUUCCUGCUACAGAAGUUGAUGGUAAGAAGAAUGAUGAUAAGGGCGUGAUGCCGAAGGCCAGUUGGAGUCCGAAUACAGAGGAAGAUAGUAUGGGCACUGUUUUGAAUGUCGGUAAUGUGCCUAAUCCUGCUACGGUUGAUUCUUGUUCUACCUUAGAGCCUGUUUCUGGGGACAAAGAAAAUGGCUCUGAUACAGUGCAGACCGAAAUUGGCCUAGAUGCCAAAAAAGACGAAGGGGCAGUGCCACUAAAGACGCCGUUCGUGUUUGGAGGAAUGCCUGGUGAGACGGUUAGACAUGAAGAGAAGGAAGGCCUAGGGGGAAGCGUGAAGAACGAGGAGCCAAAGAGGUUUGGAUUCUGGGAUGGAAGGACUCCUGGAAUGCAAGGAGAUAUAUCGGCAUUUAGGUUUGAUUCCAGCGUUUCACAGCCUCUGACACAAAACUCACCUUCUACUGUAAAUCAUGAGAACAUCUCUAGCCCUUUUGCUUCUGAUGCCAAGGGCCCUGAGAUUAAGCCGUUUGUGUUUGGAGGGAGUACAACCCUCCAGCCCCAGCUUAGCGGUGUCCAAGAGUCUGCAGAGCCCCAUACACCGAACCCUGGGUCUUCACUACUCAAGAGAAAGAUAAGUGGAGGUGAAGAGGCUAAGCAAAGCUCUGAGAGCAGCCUUCUCUUUGGACAAGAAAGAGGCGCUUUCCUCCAGAGCAACGGUGGCAUGGCUACCGGCAUGCAAAGUUUCCCAUUGUUUGGUGGUGCAGGGCAGGAACAACCUGGUGUGCCUCGGCAGGCCGAUGCUACAGGAUCGAUAGGAAAUAUGUUCGGAAAUGGAAGGAGCCUGUUUGGAGAGCUUUUCGGGGGUACUGGGCCUUCACAGCAGCCUGCAAAGCCAAGCAUAGGAUAUGCCGAUCCAAAUGAAAAGAACGAAGGCGGCAUUGGAGGGCUUUUCGGAAAUAGCGGAAUUUUCAAUGCGUCUGACGACGAUCCUUUUGAAAGAAAUAGUCUGGGAGGAAGAAGGUGA